AUGCCUAUGACGAUACAAGAAAAUAUUGCAUUACUUAAUAUGAUGUCUUCUGAUAAUCUUGAUGAUGAAUUGAAAAAUAUUCAACUGCAUAGUCCAUCAGACAGACGAUUGCAGAGCGACGGCGCAUGCGUAGAGGAGAGGGUGAGAACUUCGCGUGGGGACAUCAUGGUGGCGGUCCGCGGGGACCGUAAUAAACGCGCCAUAAUCACUUACCACGACCUUGGACUAAAUUAUGCUGCCAAUUUCCAGGCGUUCUUUAAUUUUGUAGAAAUGAGAACCGUGUUGGACCAAUUUUGUAUCUAUCACAUUAACGCCCCUGGACAGGAGGAAGGCGCUAAGUCUCUGCCCGAAGAUUAUACGUAUCCAACAAUGGAUGGAUUGGCUUCCCAAAUUGAUUUUGUACUAGGGCAUUUUGGCAUACGUUCGUUUAUAGGUUUCGGCGUUGGAGCAGGUGCGAACAUCCUCGCUCGAUAUGCCAUUGCCAGCCCCCAAAAGGUCGACGCGCUUGUUCUGAUAAAUUGCACAUCCACCCAAGCUGGGUGGACCGAGUGGCUGUACCAGAAAAUUAACACAAGACAGCUCCGUUCAAGCGGUAUGACUCAGAGUGCUGUGGAUUAUUUAAUGUGGCAUCAUUUCGGUCGAAGCACCGACGACCGCAACCAUGACCUAGCUCAAGUAUACAAAGAGUGUUUCUCCCACGUCAAUCCAAUUAACCUCGCCAUGUUUAUUGACGCAUAUAUACGUCGCAGCGACUUAGGUAUUUCGAGAGAAAAUAAUUCUAUUAAAGUUCCUGUUCUUAACGUAACAGGGGCACUGUCGCCGCAUGUUGAUGAUACGGUGACGUUUAAUGGACGUUUGGACCCCACUAAGACCUCUUGGCUGAGUAUUUCGGACUGUGGUAUGGUUUUGGAAGAGCAACCUAGUAAGAUUGCGGAAGCUUUCCGUCUAUUUCUUCAGGGUGAGGGCUACUGCAGGUAG